GCAUUCUCAGAGUCUUAGGAGCCCAUGUUAAAGCUGACUUAAUGCCUUUCUCAUUUUAUGGUGAAAGGUGAAGCAUGGCUUGCAAGUGAUGGCACCCCAAAUGCUGGCCAUCCUAUUGGAUUGCCACCAAAUUCCAAUCAAGCAUCAGAUUCCUCCGUUUGGGUUCGUUAUACAGAGUUGGGACACUAUUCCCAAGUCAGUCUAAUUUAUCAGAAUGUGUAUCAGUGCACUUUAAAGCCUGGGGUUGUCAAGGCUUAUGUAACCACUCUGUUAAUUUAUAAUCUUGUUACAUUGCUUUCCAGAUUUAUAAAAUCAUUCCCUUCAGGAAAUCUGUCUUCAACGUCUGCUUAAAUAUUUCUCUUGGAAUUGGGUUCCUGAAGAGGAAUGUACUGUACAACUGGUGUUUAAAGCAUACUAAUUAGACAAGUUCCUUUAAAAAAAAAAAAAAAGCAUUGACUCUUUUAUCCCACUGUUUAAUUUCCCCUAGAAAAACAGACGACAUUCCCAUUUCACAGAACUAGGAAUGAGAGAAGGUACAUGACAUUCCCAAGGUCAUGUGUGGACGCGGUGUAGUAACUGAAAAUCCAGUGGAUGGGGUUAACUUUUCUUAAUGCUCCAUCUUCCAGGCUUUCCGGGCAGAAACUUGGAGUGCCACCUUUCCCUUUUGCAAACCUAUAGUUUCUUUUUUAAGUUUUAUGCACACAAAAAUUACUCCCACCCUAUUAAUUUUUUUUUUACUAUUCUGAAUACAAUUUCUUGCAGUGAGAUCCAUUCAUAUACAACAUAUGAGGACUCAGAAGUUAUACUGAUUUUCAUUUUUCCAGAACUGCAAUAUGGAUGGGCCUUUUAUGGUUCAAAUAUAAUCCCAUAAUCCUAAAACGGAGGCUUUUAAAUGUCCUUAUUAAAAUGGAAGGGCGUUCACAUUUUUACUCGGCGCAGGAAAUACUAUUUGUCUGAAGUUUACUGCGGGUGUUUCACAUGAAAGUGAAACUGAAUAGAAAAUAAGAGGUGUUUAUUUUUGUCGAUACCCAGCAGCCAUGGGUCUACGCUUUGGUAUAAAUAAGGCAUGAUUUCUUCGCUGUAGCAGCUUGUCUAAGCCUAGGAGCUCAUUGCACUGCUUAGGAAGAAAAGGGUACAAGUGAACUUUCCACACGGUCAGAAUUAUAGGAAUUAAGAACAUAGGUAAGGAACUCCUAAAGACUUGAUUUAACUGUAUGCCAGCUCUUUUUGGCUUAACAACCGAAAGUCAGAGUUUUAGCCAACAUGCUUUUCUAGGGCAACUAUUAUUGAGAAUUUAGGUACUUCCCAGCCUGCACAUAUGUGCAGGUCAGGUCUUAGAGCAAUUUAGGUGGAAAUGUUGACUGGAUUCUGGCAGUUUUGAAUGUAAACUUAACCUAUGAUCAUUUAUUCAUGGAGCCUUUGUGUGUGUCUAUUUCUGGGGCACCGGGUUAGAGGGUAGCAAUAGCUUACAGGCUGGCGGGGACACCAACGUGAACAGUAGGGUCUGGUGAAUGCCUGGGUGAGGCUUAGGCAGAUCCCUCAGAAGCACAGAGAUGGGGGGACAAGGAAUCUGACUUGGGGCGGCUUCGCAGAGGGGGUGAUGGCUGAACUGCUCUUAGAGGACAGGUGGAGUUCUCAGGUGGAGAAAAGGGGAAAGGGCCCUCAGAGUUCAGGGAGGCUGAGAAGUCAAGGCCAAGUGGUGGAGGGAGGACUUAGAUCCAAGUGGGUGAAAGGGAGUUGAGGUAGAAACAGUGCAGCUGUUCUUUUUUUUUUUUUAAGAAUAUGAAAAGGAAGGGGGAGGAGUAGGGCAAUAGCUUUGGGGAUGGAGGGGAACGUGCCCUGCUAUUUUGCUAUAGUUUGGGAGGAGCUGAUGUGACAUGCCUGGGACUCAGUGAACACCGAGUGAACGCUGGAGGUGUGCUGUCUGCACCAGUGACCUGAAGCUACGUUAUCCACCCUGUGGGCUCCCUCCUCAUCAGUUUUUCUGUACAUGUGUUUGGGGUAGAGGCCUUCUAUGCCAUGGGAAACCAUUUUUCUGCUGGUGGUAUGGGAGGAGCGCACCGAAAGAGGAUGUCUGCCUUAUUGUUCCUGAACGUGUAUUUCUCUGCUGUCACUUCCAGAGCCUCCUGAGAUUCUGCUUUGGCACCUCCAGCAUUUGGCCUCUGCUCAGGAGAAAAAAGCAACUAACAAAACACAGAAAUAAGAAGGAUUAUUCAGUAUGCAGUUUGCAGGAUGCCCAUGGCAACAUUGAAAAUGAAUUCCUUAUUUUCACCAGAUACUCUUAUAUGAGAAGACACGUUUCAAACAGUUUGAAUAGUUUUUCUUCUGUUGGACCAGCAUGGCAGGAUUCAAGCGAGGAUACGACGGGAAGAUUGCUGGGUUGUAUGAUCUGGAUAAAACCUUGGGCCGGGGCCACUUCGCCGUGGUUAAGCUGGCCAGGCAUGUCUUCACGGGUGAAAAGGUGGCAGUAAAAGUUAUUGACAAGACCAAGUUGGACACACUAGCCACUGGUCACCUUUUCCAAGAAGUGCGGUGCAUGAAACUGGUGCAGCAUCCCAACAUCGUGCGUCUCUAUGAAGUGAUUGACACCCAGACCAAACUGUAUCUCAUUCUGGAACUUGGGGAUGGAGGAGAUAUGUUCGAUUACAUAAUGAAACACGAGGAGGGACUUAAUGAAGACUUGGCCAAGAAGUACUUUGCUCAGAUAGUUCAUGCUAUCUCUUAUUGCCAUAAACUCCACGUGGUUCACAGGGACUUGAAACCUGAGAAUGUGGUCUUCUUUGAAAAACAAGGUCUUGUGAAGCUGACGGACUUUGGUUUCAGCAACAAAUUUCAGCCAGGAAAGAAGCUCACUACCAGCUGUGGGUCUCUCGCAUAUUCUGCGCCAGAAAUUCUGCUUGGGGAUGAGUAUGAUGCACCUGCAGUAGAUAUAUGGAGUCUGGGAGUGAUCCUUUUCAUGUUGGUGUGCGGGCAGCCACCCUUUCAAGAGGCCAAUGACAGUGAAACAUUGACAAUGAUCAUGGAUUGUAAAUACACGGUCCCAUCCCAUGUGUCUAAAGAGUGUAAAGACCUGAUCACCCGGAUGCUACAGAGGGAUCCCAAGAGAAGGGCCUCUUUAGAAGAGAUUGAAAACCAUCCUUGGCUUCAGGGUGUGGACCCUUCGCCAGCCACCAAGUAUAACAUCCCCCUGGUGUCCUACAAGAACCUCUCAGAGGAGGAGCACAACAGCAUCAUUCAGCGCAUGGUGCUCGGGGACAUAGCGGAUCGAGAUGCCAUUGUCGAAGCCCUGGAGACCAACAGGUACAACCACAUCACGGCCACGUACUUCCUGCUCGCCGAACGGAUCCUGAGGGAGAAGCAAGAGAAAGAAAUCCAAACCAGGUCUGCCAGCCCCAGCAACAUCAAGGCCCAGUUUAGGCAGUCGUGGCCCACCAAAAUCGACGUGCCCCAGGACCUGGAGGAUGACCUCACCGCCACGCCCCUGUCCCACGCGACCGUCCCUCCGGCUCCUGCGCGGGCCGCCGACAGUGUCCUCAAUGGCCACCGGAGCAAAGGCCUGUGUGACACGGCCAAGAAAGACGACCUCCCCGAGUUGGCGGGGCCGGCAUUGUCCGCGGUGCCGCCGGCGAGCUUGAAGCCCGCGGCCAGUGGGCGGAAGUGUCUGUUCCGGGUGGAGGAAGACGAAGAGGAGGAUGAGGAGGACAAGAAACCCAUGUCCCUCUCCACGCAAGUGGUCCUGCGCCGGAAGCCCUCGGUGACCAACCGGCUGACCUCGAGGAAGAGCGCCCCGGUGCUGAACCAGAUCUUCGAGGAAGGGGAGUCCGACGACGAGUUCGACAUGGAUGAGAACCUGCCUCCCAAGCUGAGCAGGUUAAAGAUGAACAUCGCCUCCCCGGGGACGGUUCACAAACGCUACCACCGGAGGAAAAGCCAGGGCCGAGGCUCCAGCUGCAGCAGUUCGGAGACCAGCGACGACGACUCGGAGAGCCGCCGGCGGCUCGAUAAAGACAGCGGCUUCACCUACUCCUGGCACCGCCGGGACAGCAGCGAGGGGCCGCCGGGCAGCGAGGGCGACGGCGGGGGCCAGAGCAAGCCCAGCAACAGCAGCGGCGGGGCGGACAAGGCCAGCCCCAGCGAGAACAACGCGGGUGGGGGCAGCCCCUCGGGCGGCUCAGGGGGAACCCCAGGGGGCACCUCGGGCAGCACCCGCCGCUGCGCCGGCCCCGCCAACUCCACGCAGCUGGCCUCGCGCAGCGCCGGGGAGCUGGUGCAGAGCCUCAAACUCAUGGGCCUCUGCCUGGGCUCUCAGCUCCGCGGGGGCACCAAGUACAUUCUUGACCCGCAGCACGGCCUGUCCUUCUCCAGUGUCAAGGUCCAGGAGAAGUCCACGUGGAAGAUGUGCAUCAGCUCCGCGGGCAACCUGGGCCAGGCCCCCGUGGUGGGCAGCCUCAAGUUCUUCUCCGACCACGUGGCGGACAGCACCACUGAGCUAGAACGGAUACAGAGCAGGAACCUGAAAAACAACGUGCUCCAGCUACCUCUGUGCGAAAAGACCAUCUCUGUGAACAUCCAGCGGAACCCCAAGGAGGGGCUGCUGUGUGCCUCCAGCCAGGCCACCUGCUGCCACGUCAUCUGACAGUGGCCGCCUGGCCACGCGCACGCUUCCUGCUCAAAGCAGUGAAGACCGGCUCCCUUCACUGUUUGCUCUCGGUUUUACCCUCUCAGCGGGCAGUUAUUUAUUACGCUUCCCUUCGUUCGCCUGGCGCUGUGACAAUGCAUGGUCCUUGUGCAUGCUGCUGCUAGACACUGCUUUUCUGUUCCAGCCGAAAAGUCAAUCUCGUGUGUCACUUUUACAUUCAGAAUUUUAGUGUGGAUGAUCAGGAUUAAAUUAAAAUGUAUAUUUGGAACCUAAUAUAAAUGGAGCACUUAGAAAUUUGAUGUUCCGCACUUAACCUAGACAGAGAAAACAUGCUUGUAUUUCCUUGUUGAAAAAUCUAAAUUCCUGUCCUGACCUUGUUACACGGAGACUCCGUGCUCUGGGGCACACUCUGGUGUCCGAUACAGAACCAAAGCAAUAACGGUGAGAUGCCGACAGGCCUGGAGCCCGCGGACGUGCCCGCCAGCUUUCCGAGGCUGCGCGGGACAGAGUACAGCCAACGUCUGCACUAGAACCUUAAACCGAGAUUUCAACAGACCCACACCUGUUUGUCUUAAGCUAUAGUGUGAAAAAAGUUUGGGCUCUUAAAAAUUAACUGAAAAAGAUUUUCUUGUUUUGUAAUAGGUGAGAUAAAGUACUUAGAUUUAUAAGGCAGCUUCCCCUGUAGUGGUAAAUGACAAGCAGACAAUCUUAUUUUGUAAUGUGUGAACUGAUGAUGUCUUAACUCUACUUAUAGAGUGUGUCUGUGUAACAGAACAAAAUGACGCUCGUGUAAACGCCUUCCCGCAGGGCACAGCCCAGGGUUUCCUUCAGAACCAUGUAGAUAGAAGAAACGUAGGGCCUAACGUGGAGGCAAAGUGCACUCAGAGGCGGGCAAAGUCAAACCCGGUCAUUGAACAAAACAUAUAUAAACACAUAUAUAUACACAUGGAUUGAUUCUUACGAGUUUGGUAAUUAGGUUGUCUCUUUUGUUACUUCCAUUUUAUAUUCUUUAGCUCAAUUAGCUAUGACAAUUGGCUAAUCAAAAAAUACACAUAAAAGGGUAGAAUCCACACAAUCAACAAACAAAACCUGCUUCAGUUUUGUUUUUUUUGCUGGAAAUAUUUUUCACUUUGCCUUCCUGCCAAAACAAUAAUCAAGAACUCUUGCUUUAAACUAUUCCUGUACAGACUCCUUUUGACCAGAUAAUCAUCUUCCGAGACAAAUUUUAUCUGUAGGCACAGUGUAUUGCACAUUGCUGAUUGCGGAAGGGGCCAGAUGCUACUUUUCUAUGCUGUGCCCCGAGGGGUCUUAGAUGCUUAGCCGCAUUGGUGAUAGGAUGCGGCUGGGCCCGGGCCUUCCCACGCUCAUCAGCCUCCAGUGAGGUGUCUGGUCCACACAGUGGCGGAGCCCCAGGGGACGGCAUGCCAUUGGGCAAUGCCUCCACGUGUACACUGAACUUGCUACGUUAGUACCCAUCUGUUUUACUCAGAGCUCUGAAUUUCACUGUAUACUUACUAGACUAAGUAAAGAUGAUACUUCAAAUACUUCUUUUACUUUCUAGACCUAAGCUAGAUGUGUUUUAAGCUAUAGCUCUAGUUCAGUGUGAUAUUUAUAAUUGAAAGCUAUGAGAAUAGGUGUGUGGGUGAAGCCAUAGAACACAUUUGCUUGAAAUUCUUGAGCAGGGAUCUUAUAAAGGGCCAGAAAUAAGAUGUGUGGUUCACAUAGACAGUGAGCGUAACAUCUGUAUUAAACAUAGGAGAGAAGUUUAUAAAGGGCAUUGGCAAUAAAACUCUUUGUUGCAGCUGUUUUCCAAGCAAUGUAAAUACUUUUUCCUGUGAUUAUGUAUAGCCUUGGAAUGGCACAUUUGAACCCGUAUGUGUUCGGUUUUCGUUGUGUUUUUUAUAUUCAGAUGUAUAUAUGGUGCUCACUCUAGGAUCAGCAGUGUUGACCAUUUAUGCUGCAUAGCUGUAUUAUAGCCUUAUUAGUUGUGUGUGGUUGGUUGGCCCUCUGGGUAGACAGAUGUUAGUCUGAGUGGUGUCUGACUCCUUUGUUCCUAAGUGAAUGACUGUGCAUGUGUUGUAUGUCAUAGUAUGUUGUCCCAUAAAAGAGAGGGAGCGAAUAACCAUUACAUUAAGAUAAUAUUGGACCAAACUACUUACUUGCUCUAAACAGUUUCUUGUACCCCUUAACCUGUCUUCAGAAGUUGCAUAGAGUUACAGUAGUGUGUAAAUUAAAUAUUGUGGACAAUUAGUCUUGUAUUUUUCUGUAUGUGUGUGUAUAUAUAUACAUAUGUGUGUAUAUAUAUAUAUAUAUAUAAAAUAUGUACUUCUGACAAUUCUAUCUGUAUUUAAAGAUGUGACAAUCUUGACACCGACUUUAAGAAUAGCCGUGAGACUGAAUCAAAUUAAAGGUAUUUCUACCACGUAAGCGCUGGUGUGUGUGAAGCAUAUACAGAAUGAUCAACUGAUUGGUUAUUUGCGUCCACUGCGGGUUGAUUUUCCUCGCCAUGUGAACAUGGACAGGUCUGUGACAAGUGGGAGAAAAUCCAAACAAUAAAGUGGCAUAUUGGUGUUCAGCAAUA